UCACACUCUUACCAACAUGCCUCCUAAAACCCAACCAAAGAAGCCUAGAAAGCCCUUGACACCUUUGCAAAGAAAGCAACAAAAAAGAAAGUAUGAGCUCAUUCAUAAAGCAACUGUCAAAAGUCAAUAUUAUAAAACCUUAAACAAGGAUGCAGAAACGGGUGAAGAUACACCUGAUUAUGUGAAAGAGAUCUUUGGUACACCAGAGCGUACUAUUGAUAAAGACGGUAAUGUAGUCGAACUCGAAAGGGAAAAUGUAGAAGAAGAAGACCAAGUGUUUGAUUUAGAUGAGGAAUCUUCUUCAGAAGAGGAGGAAGAUGAGAAGGAUGAUAAUGAAGACACACAGCGUUUAAAUAAGAGACAAAAGAGAUUAGAGGCAAUGACUCGAUUACCAAAGCCUAACCCUUUCAAGACACAAUUACAAGUACGUGAGAAGCGUAAAUUAGAUUCCCAACAAGAAAAAGAGGAACGUCAAAAGUCUUUUAAGGAAGCAAAGAAAGCUAGAGUUGAGUAUUAUAAAGGCAGAAGUGAAGAACGCACAAAAAUGUUGGCAAAGACUAAAAAGGGCCAGCCCAAGAUGGCAUCACAAAUGGAUGUUUUACUUGGUAAGAUUCAAAAGAGUAUGAAUUAAAAUAAAUAAAAAUUACAUAUAUAAAA